AUCACAUAAAUACUCCACUCUGAACACACUCAGCUCAUUUGUGCCACAAGGAUCAACCGUGUUGGACUACUCUCUCGAGUCUACCGUUGAACUUGCACUUGUUGAGAUAUACAGCAACAAAAAAUCAAUGGCGUUUCUUGAAGGAAGCAGAGGGAUCUACGGACCCAUCAGGUUUCUGUUUGAUACUCCCAUAUAUAAGCGGGCUCUGAAGAUCUGCUGGAAUAUAACCAGUUACAAAAUUCAUACUGCACUGUUGAGGGAACUCAUGAGGCUUCAGCAGGAACAACAGAUCCCAUCUCAUGUGACUGCUGAAGACAUGUACAACCUCAUUUACGAGAGGAGCAAAAAGUCUCUGAGAGAAAGCCUUUGGAAGUUUGAGCUGGAGAGGUAUGAUGAUGAGAACGUCAAGUCUCUGCUGACGCUGCUGUAUGCAGUAAAUGUCAGCAACAAAAUGCGGGACAUGGAGUUUGAAGCCUGUUUCCUCCUCAAUAACCCAGAGGCCUUACCUCCUAUGUAUCAAGGUCCCAAAAUCCUCAGAGUGGCGGAAAAGUGUGCUGAGACCCUCAGACAGAAGCAGGAGGAGGCUCCCAGCUCAAGACUCGGUCCUCAAGAGGUGAUCUUAGAGGUUGUUCCCAAAGUCCUGCAGGGCUUCUGGAAGCAUCCUCCCACCCUCUUAAUCAUGCCUUCCCAGAAACUCAGCCAAAUGUCUGUUGGGGUUACAAAGGCCGUUUCGGACCGAGUCUCCUAUGCUCUCAAUGCUGAACACCGGGCCACCUUCUCCCGCUCCACCAGGGAUGACAUGGUCCUGUCUAUCCUGACAGAGAUCAGACAGUCGCACCCUCACGACGUCCUGGUGGAGAGGAUCAGCAGCUUCUCGUCAGUGCUGCUAAAAGAGAUUGUGAACGUUGCAGCGAGAAAGAUUUGCGGGAUGUUUUGGCCCCAGAGCCCCAAAGUGCCGGCUCAUCUGACGCCUCCUCCCGAACCUCCAGUCCCCACUCCAGUCCAGGAGGCUGAAACUGAGGAGCCAGAGACAGACUCCGCAGCUUCGCCAACACCCCCUGCUGAACCUCCAUCCACUACAGAUGUUGAGGCCAGGGAGGAUGGAAAUUUGAAGACCACCAGAGAACUAGACUCUGCAGUGACUCCGGCUCCCCUGCUGCUGACCCCUCCUGCUGAACCUGAAAUUGCAGUGCAGGACGUACGAACCACCAUCAUACCAACGGAGCAGCCGACAAUCAGUCCAGAGAUAAACUCUGCUGACGUCUCACCUCCACCUGCUCCUCGGACAUCUCCAAGUGAACCUCUCACUGAUGUCCAGGACAGGGAGGAUACAAAUGACGAGACGACGCCCACCACAGAACCAGCCUCUUCUGUGGUUCCUCCGACCCCUCCACAAGAACCAGUGGUCAUUGUUGAGGUAUCAGAAGAAGUCGAGAGAGCGCAGGGCUUCUUCAGCUGGCUCUUUCAGCGACUGUGUUGUUGCUUCAAGUGAUUGUUUGUGUGAAAGUAUUAAAUAAACAUAUUGCAUUUUAAAAAUUUUAAA